UGUAAUUUUAACGUGUCGUUUUUGGUUCAUUACAAUUCGACUGAUUUGAGUACUUCCAAGUUAACACCCCUCUCUUCUCUUUUCCCUCCAAUCAGGCGUGCCCUGAGAGUUGAGCGCUCCUUUCGGGACGUGGAGGACGAUGACAUGCUGCCGAGAAGCUUACAGGACGGGCUGAGGGACAGCUACGUCAGUUCCGCCCCCCUCAAGCCCCCAUUGGCCCAUUCGCUUCUUAUAAAGGAGGAGCUCCUCAGCCAGAAGCACCGCCUCCUCGGCCAGCCUCCGGCUCUCUCAUUGGCUAGUCUGGAGGCGGCGGGGCUUCUCAACCACGGGAACAAAGGGAACCACGUGGAGCCCCACCCCCUCCUGGCACGGGACGGCUCUCCGUGGGGUUCCUCCAGUGGUAAAACCCACCACCACCAACUGGACAGCCUGCUGAGGCUGAAGCAGGCCAGCGCCAUCCUCUCAGACCUCCAAGACCUGCCUCUGUUCUUGGACAACCACCACCACGGGGCGUUCUCCUCCAAGAGCUCCUCCGGAGGUGGCCUCCGCCACCACCAUGGCUCCACCAAGACCCACCAUGAGGUGGUGGUGAAGAGGGAGCCGGGAGGCCACCACUCCCCGCCCGUGGACCUGAAGAUCCCCCAGGUGAGGGGCAUGGACCUGUCAUGGGACUCCCACGCCUCAGACCUGUACGGGUACGGGGCCAUGGUGUUGGGCGCCGGGGGCCACGGUGGGGUGGAGAAUGCUUUGAGCAGGAAGCUGAGGGUCAUCCUGCCCAAGCAGAACCGGCGUGCCGGUAGCCUGAGAGGCAGCCUGGGAGGUUUUCUGGAUGGGGCAGCAGACUACUGGAACUCCGACGUGGAUCAGGGGACCUCCGGGCAACCAUACCCGACCUCCGACCCCGAGGGCGACCCCUGCUCUAAGCAGCCCAGGAAGAAGAGGGGGCGCUACCGGCAGUACAACAGCCAGAUCUUAGAAGAGGCCAUCGGCAUGGUGAUGGGCGGGAAGAUGAGCGUAUCCAAGGCCCAGAACAUGUACGGGAUCCCUCACAGCACACUGGAGUACAAGGUGAAGGAGCGACUGGGCACACUGAAGAAUCCUCCUAAGAAGAAGCUCAAAUUGACCUUGAGGAUGGGAGGACAGGAUUCCGCCGCCGAGUCAGAGACUACACCAACCGCGACGCCGCGAGAGGUUGCGCCACCGGAGGCCGCCGAUCUGAACCACGAGCAAAAAAUGAAAAUGGAAUUUGAAGAUUAACUGAGAAACAACGAUGACGACGAAUCCUCCCUUUCCUUAUAUAUGUAUAAAAACAUCUUAACAUUAAGACUAAAGUAAUUGGAAACAAAUGGAGCUUUAUUUGUGCCAAUUUACUGUUGCAGUAUCUGGGUGAGCACAAGCGCAGGGAUAUGAGGAGGAUUCUAAAACAAGCUGGAGAUUAAAACUAAACCAAUCGGCUGGUUCUGCGGUUGUCGUUUUGACACUGCACAUUUGUUUAGCUUUUAUAUCAAGCGGCGAAACAAAUGCGUCAAAAGCCACUAGUGACGUGACAGUUAUUAAUUACAGUUUGUAAAGCAUGUUGAUUAUCCCCCCCAAAACCCGAACUCCCCCUAUUCUGAACUUGAUACACUGACCCUGCAUUGCUUUUAAAUGCAGUCUGGGCUGCGGAAUAUCUCAACUUUGGGAAAAAUUUGAGGGGGUUAAAAAUGAACCCUUUUGAACAAACUAUUAUGGUCCCCCCCUCUCUCAUUUAAGUACUAGUACCAAUUGGUAAGUGAACUGUCUCCUAUGUUUUGAACCAACUCUAAAACUAGUAACGUCACAGGAAGCUCUCUCACCAGGAAGCUGAAUCAAAACCGCAUUAUUUCUAUCGCCAGGUAGCCAUUUCUCUUUAACAAACGCAAAACUUUCUUUCCUCCUUCGAUAUUCUGCUACUCUUUAAAAGUGAACGAAAGCAACAUUGGCCGUGUCCUUUUUAAGGUAAAGACACAAAAUAGUCAAUCAGGGAUGCAUGUUCGUAAGUUUUAGUAAAUAACUACUAACUUUUAGAAUAUUUUGAAUGUUUUUUUUGUUUGUUUUAUCUUCUUUUGUUUGGCUUUCUUUUGCACUACACUUUCAGUCUGGCGCUCACCGGCGCCACCCAGUGGUGACAGACCAGGUUACCUCGGCAUUGCUGUCCUAGCAUCAUGCACUUAAGGUCUGUCAUAAUCCCCGGCCAACUGCGCUCCAGGUACAAGUUACCCGUAGCCACAGAUCUAGGAUCAGUUUACCCUGCCUUAACAAUUAGGGGGGAAACCUCAAAACUGACCUGAGAUCAGCAUGUAGGGGCAAUUUUAUAUCUCUGCUGCUCUCCUGGAGAGAGCUCCUCAACCUCAACGGUGGUAGGUAAAUGUUGCCUCUAACCACUGGUCCAUAGUCAGAUGUCUUUUUUUAUCCCCUUAUUGCUAAGGUUUGGAUUGGGGCUUGGUGAUCUGAUCCUAGUUCAGUGGUUGAGCGCAACUUCUACCUCAAGCACCUGCAACAAGUGAAUCUGUUCCCAAUCCCGAUCCUAGGGAGCUGUAGCCAUCUCUGGUUUUCAUUCCAACCAACGACCUCAUGCAUAUGCGCUCAGCUAAUUAGUGGGCAGGGUUCUCCUAACACUAUGACAUCACAUGGAGUGAUAACCACAUGCAUUGUAGCUCUCCAAGACCAGGAAGUGGAAACAUUGCUGCUACAAUAUAUAUAUAUUAUCCUGUACUGAGCGAAGGUUUUACCAGCCUUACUGUCUCUAAACACUAAACAUUUCAUAAAGUUUUCUGUUUUAGAAUUCUAACUAAGUAAAAGCUUCUUAGUUGAUGAGUUUUGAAAUGGCUCCUCUCACUCCCAUGUGGUUUUAAAAUGUUCAAAGGUAGUUUCAAAGGCAGUUUAUUACGACAAUGUGCAUUUAUACUGGGGGGGGGGGCAUUUAACAGUGAGAGGGGAUGUGUUCGGUUGGGAGGGAUUAGGGGAUAAUAUAAUAUAAAUUAUUAUGACACUGAACUUAAAGCCAAUCCGCAUUUCUGGAUGAUUUUGUUCCUCAUUUUUAACUCAGGGUACCUGAGACGGGAAUCUCUUGACGAAGCCAUGAUUCUAAAACACGGACGUGUUUCCUUUAUCCUGCAGGACCUAAAAGUGAAGGGCAGGACAUGACUUCUCUCACUCUGCCACUUCUGACGGGGGGCGGAGCUUACAGCCCGGCUAGGUGGGUGUGGCUUAGCAGUGCCACGCCCUGUAGACUGCGGUGAAUCAUGAAGAAGGUAACACAAACUAAAACAGUGAAGAGGGUGUGAGGAGAAGUUCGGAAAUUAAACGUCUGAAAAUAGCACCUUUUUUCUUUUUACCGCGUGAGAGAGAGGAAGAUAUUGUAGCUCUUUUCAGAGAGAUGGGGAUGGGUUUGGAUGGGAGGAAGAGAGGUGAUUAGAGGAGGGUAAGGGGUGGCCAGAAAGCAAAAAGAGAGAAAAAAAAGCUUUAGUGUCUGAAAGACUUUCAGAGAGCUGCAGCUUGGACCUAAACAUAUUCUGUUUCUUCUCUAUUACCUCCUCAGUACCCUGGUUGAUGCUUGAAUUUGUCAGAUUUCGUGUAGUGUAGUUGUCAUAUCUGGUUCCUGCCCCGCAGCCCUCCUGCCAAACCAGGCGGGAACUAUCUUAUCUGUCGUCAUGUUUUGUCAGGGGAAAGAAAAAAACCAUCCUUCUGAGAAAAUGUUUUUAGAAAAAGAUGCUCUCGUUUUUUUUGUGUGUUGGGGGCAAAAAAAAAGACAAAGGAAAAAUAAAAAUAAACAUGUU